ACCGCAACCAUGGCCCAACUCCAACAACACUACCCGUGGACGCAAACGCCACUCAUCGUAUCGGCGCCCAUGCGCACCGUCUCAGGCGCCGCGCUCACCGCGGCGGUCAGCAACGCCGGCGGCCUCGGCUUUUUCGGUGCUGGGUACAGUCUCAGCGACUCUGCGGUACUCUCGGACCUAUCCACGCUGCCCACACGCCUCUCCCCCGGCGCCUCCUACGGCCUCGGCUUCCUGGUAUUCCGCAGCGACCUCCGCGACGCGCUCUCGCUGACCACGCUCCACCGCCCCGCCGCAGUCUGGUUCUUUGCGCCCGCGGACGCCGCCCAGCUGCACGAGUGGCUGUGCGCGUUCCGCGCGCUGGACACCCGCGUGUGGGUGCAGGUGUCGUCGGUGCGCGAGGCGGAGCAGGUGCUGUGUGGGCAAGGCGGCGGCGUCGUGAGCGUGCUAGUUGCGCAGGGCGCGGCGGACGCAGGCGGCCAUGGUAAGGUAUGCGGCGGGAGUGUGAUCGCCCUUGUGCCCGAGGUCGUGGAUUUGUUGGCGGAGAAGGGGAGGACCGAUGUGGCUGUCGUCGCUGCUGGGGGCGUGGUCGACGGCAGGGGCGUGGCCGCCGUGUUGGCGCUGGGGGCGGGGGCCGCCGUGCUGGGCACCAGGUUUGUCGCGUGUGAGGAGAGCGAGGCGAGUCGGGGCUUUCGGGAGUUGGUCGUUGGCUCGGCCGAUGGCGGGGUUGGGACAGUUAGAACGCGCCUCUACGACAACCUCCGGGGCACGGGCUUCUGGCCGGCAGAAUACGGCGGGCGCGCGAUCAUCAACGAGUCGUUCCGGGAUGCGGAGAAGGGUGUAGCUGAGGACAAGAACGCGGAGUUGUACGCGCAGGCUGUGACGAGGAAUGAUUUUACGAGGUUGACGGCGUUUGCCGGUACCGGCGUCGGGCUGGUGAAAGAGGUGCUGCCCGCGGCAUCGAUCGUGGAGAACCUGAGGACGCAGGCGAGGGAAGUUUUGAGGCAGCAAGCGGUCGAGCUGGGGCUUUUGUGAGCGUGGGGGAAGUCAGGCGUAGCGCGUGUCCUCCCGCAUACAUAACCGUGGACGGCUGGUGAUAGGGUGAGAUGCGGGAUGCGGGAUGCAAGACAUGCGCUACUAUGUAAUAGUACUCUACCUACAUCAGGUGCAUUUCUACUAG